CACCGUGACACGGCAGCGGAGCCCCGCCUCGGGAGGGCUGUCCCGGCAGCCCGGCCCGGGGGAGCCGUGCCGAACGGCGGGGUACCGGGACAGGGAUGGCCCCGCGGCUCCUUCCCCAAGGAGAGGGUGGCAGGUAGAGCCCAGAGCGGGAUGCGGCUGCUCCCCCCCGUGCUCUGCGCAUCGCCGGGGCCAGCCCGGCGCGGAGGGGUCACCCCAGGUACGGCCGCACCGCUCCGACAGCCGCUCCGGCACGGGCAGCCCGACCUUGUCUCGCCAGCGGCCGAAGCUGCGAUUCGUCAUUCCUCCUGCGAAAAUGGCAGCGGUGUUGUGUUUCUCCGUGACAUCCCGCUUCUCCUGAUGCACAGGCCGGUUUUCCUUGAGGAGCAGCAGAAUCCUCCCUCUGUGCGGUUCGUAGCACCGCAGAUCUCCCGAGUGCCGCCGCGGCCUCGCCGGCCAAAGGUUUCAUCCCACUCCUCUGUAAGUGCACGGUGCUGUCUGCUCCUUGGGAAUCAGGAUACAACAAGGAAAAUCCCCAGUAGAGCAGUCUUGUCGGUGAAGGCAGCAAUGGAAAUGUGGAGCACCAGCAGCACUGAGAAGUUUUACAGGAUCCCUGAAGGAAAGGGCCCACACUCGGUUGGAUGUACAGACCUGAUGACAGAAAAUGCAGUUGAGGGAAGCUUUUUGCGUCUGUAUUAUCCAGCAUAUGAUGCCACAGAUAUUGAAGAGGCACGAUGGAUUCCAGACAAAGAGUACUAUCAGGGACUCUCUGACUUCCUUAAUAUGUACCGAGUUGUAGGAGAAAGGCUUUUCCAUUACUACGUUGGUUCAGUGACCUGUCCUGCAAAGUCAAAUGCUGCUUUUAAGCCAGGAGAAAAAUACCCACUUCUUGUUUUUUCCCAUGGACUUGGAGCUUUUCGGACAAUCUAUUCUGCUAUUUGCAUAGAGAUGGCUUCUCAGGGCUUUAUAGUGGCUGCUGUGGAGCACAGAGAUGAAUCGGCUUCAGCCACAUAUUAUUGUAAAAGAAGGUCCGUUUCUGAGUCACAGGAAGAGUCUGUGCCUAACAUGGAGAAGGAGUGGAUCUACUACAGGAAACUGAAAACCGGCGAGGAGGAGCGCUGCUUGCGCCAUAAGCAGGUGCAGCAAAGAGCACAGGAGUGUAUCAAAGCUCUCAAUCUCAUUCUUAAAAUCAAUUCAGGAGAGGAAGUAACAAAUGUACUACAUUCAGACUUUGACUGGAGCAGCCUAAAGGAUUCUGUUGAUACUAGCAGAAUAGCUGUGAUGGGACACUCUUUUGGUGGUGCUACAGUUAUUGAAAGUCUCAGCAAAGAAAUGAGAUUCAGGUGUGGCAUUGCCCUCGAUGUGUGGAUGCUUCCUGUAGGUGACGACAUUUACCAAAACAGCGUCCAGCAACCGCUGCUUUUUAUCAACUCCGAAAAAUUCCAGUGGGCUGAGAACAUCUUAAAGAUUAAGAAACUCAUCUCUAAUGACACAAACAAGAAAAUGAUCACUAUCAAGGGGUCAGUACAUCAGAGCUUUCCUGAUUUCACCUUUGUGAGUGGAGGAAUCAUUGCGAGAUUUUUCAAAUUAAAAGGAGAAAUUGAUCCAAAUGAAGCUAUUGAUAUCAGCAAUCAUGCUUCAUUAGCCUUCCUACAGAAACAUCUGAGUCUUAAGAAGGAUUUUGAUCAGUGGGAUUCUCUUGUGGAUGGCAUAGGACCCAAUGUUAUUCCUGGAACCAAUAUUGACACAUCUCCAGCUGAACCUGAAUAAGGAAUACCAAGUACUGAAAAUGCCAAGGACAUCAGGACACUAAUAUUGGUCAGACAUUGCUCAGACAUGUGGUGGCAACUAACACCUACAAAGCUUUUGGGGUGUGGAACAAAAAAAAAAAAAAAAAAGACAA